CAUAAGUCUUUUUUCUUUUUUUUUUUCAAACCUUCUUUGUUACCCUUUCGUGUCUGUAAACGUCUCUAGAGUUUCAUUUCUUACAAAUUUGAAUCAAACACAAACGCUGAACACGGAGAAGCUUCAAUGUCGGUCUAUAAUCAUCGACCUAUGAUCCCAACAAACCAAUCCCGAUUAUUGGAAUUAUUAGAUGCAGUCAAAGCUGAGUAUGAUCAAUUAACGCAAGAUGUUCAAGUAACAAAAAGCCAAAGAGAUGAGUACGAACACAAAGUGAAUAGUCAAAUUCAGGAAAUGAACAUUUUCCAGCAAACUUUAAUGGAUUUGGAAAGAACGCAGCAAAUGAUAAAGAAACAAUAUGAAGAGGAAAUUGCUCGGUUAAGGCAGCAAUUGGAUCAGAUGCAGCAACAUGGUUAUCAGCCGCAACCACAAGAUAUGAAGCAGCAGUCAGGUGGUCCUGCUCCUCCUCCACAAGCAUCUAAUGGAGCCCCUCCACCUCCUCCUAACCUACACUCAACUGGUUCUCCAUUGAUUAAUGGACCUCCACCUUUCGGUACUCCACCUACACAGCAACCACAGCAGCAGCAUUCUCUGCCGCUUCCACCUCCAUCUCAGUCUUCUUCACUACAGCAGCCAAUGAACAAUACGAAUGCCGGUAACAACAACAGCAAUAAUACCUCUGCUAAUAAUAAGCAACCUCCUCCACCUCCACCUCCCUCAGCACAACAGCCGGUAGCUGCUAUCAGUAAUGUUGGCUUAAACGAUCUUGAUCCCGAUAAUGUACCUAAUAAUAUGAAAAUAGAAGGACAAGAUUGGUUUGCUUUAUUUAAUCCCAAAGUGCCACGAUAUCUCAAAAUUGAUCUUAUCCAUACACUAGAGCAUGAUAGUGUCGUUUGUUGUGUUAAAUUCAGUUUGGAUGGUCGAUAUCUGGCCGUUGGUUGUAAUCAAGCUACUUAUAUCUACGAUACCUUCAACUCGGCUCGUGUAGCGGUCCUUCAGGAUGAAACAGCUGGUAGAGAUGGUGAUUUAUACAUUCGUUCUGUAAGUUUCAGUCCUGACGGCAAGUAUUUGGCGACAGGUGCCGAAGAUCGUCGUAUUCGUAUCUGGGAUAUUGCAAAAGCCCGUAUCCGCUGUGUCCUUUCUGGCCACGAGCAAGAUAUUUAUUCUCUCGAUUUUAGUCGCGAUGGACGCAUUCUUGUCUCCGGUUCUGGCGAUCGUACGACAAAGAUUUGGGAUUGGGCCGACGCCAAAUGUAUGCAUACAUUACGUAUCAACGAAGCAGAACAAAGUGAUCCAGGUGUGACGAGUAUUGCUAUUUCUCCUGACAGCCGUUUGGUAGCUGCAGGUAGCUUGGAUAAAAUCAUUCGUAUUUGGGAUGCUGUAAAUGGUACCCUUUUAGAGAGAUUAGAAGGUCAUAAAGACAGUGUGUAUUCUGUCGCGUUCAUGCCGGAUGGCAAAACCUUGGUGAGUGGUAGUCUUGACAAAACCUUGAGAUUGUGGCAGUUAGGAACAAAGAAUCCUUGCAUACAAGUGUUCACGGGACAUAAAGACUUUGUCCUUUCAGUUGCCACGACACCUGAUGAUCGUUGGAUUAUCUCAGGUUCCAAGGACAGAAGCGUGCAAUUCUGGGAUCCACGUACUGGCCAAACACAGUUUAUGUUGCAAGGUCAUAAGAACUCGGUGAUAUCUGUUGCAACAAGUCCUGGUAGAAGACCCUUGUUUGCCACGGGCUCUGGUGAUAAUCGUGCUAGAAUUUGGAGCUAUGAACCUACUCCACCAUCUUAAUCCUCGUUAUCAUAUGUAGGAUACACUUUUAGCCAAUCAUUUGUCCCCAUCUCCCUCUACUAUUGCCCUAUCUCUUUUUUUUUUAAUCCCUUUACCUUUUGUUCAUAUCUCUCUCUUCUUUCUUCUCUUCUAGUGUAUUUAGAGAAAAAAAAAUCUUCUAUCAUUCAUUUGACUCUUUUUUUAUUAUUUCAAUGAAAAUAAAUGCGAUUUCUCAAUUAAGAACGAACAGUCGUUGGCAGGGCAAAUCGUUUUGAUCGAAUAGGAUCAUCCAAUCAGAAAAAGAUCAAAACAUCAAAUGCAAAUCUCAAAUCUUUUCCCAUUUUAUAAAAAAAAAACCCCGCAUAAAUUUGUAGUUCUU